UCACUCUAGUCGUGCAUGCUUCGUUCCUAUUUACAACUCACUUGGCUGGUCACACUUGACCCAGCAGCAACAGCAACAACAACAACAACAGCGGCAAGUGACUCAAGUCGCGAAGAAGCAUCCUUGGCGCCCAGCACCUCAGUGUCAAGCAUUGAGCAAGUGCAGCCAGCCAAGUAUGAGGAGGAUGCCACAGCAACAACUACAACAGCAACAGCAACAACAGCAGCAACAGCUGCAGCUGCGGCCUCGUCACUGAACUUGACAUUGGCUGACAUUGACACGGACUUGGACUUGGAAUUGGACAUGGACAUGGACACGCUUUGAGUGCAAUAAAAUCCAACUCUUGUUGUCCUUGUUGUUGUUAACAUUAUUCGUUGUCGUCAUUGUUGGUGUUGUUGCAAUUGUGUUGCUGAUGUUGUUGUUGUUGCGUGUUGUUGCGUGUUGUAGUGUCCUAAGCAAUUUGCAUAGAAAUGUUAACAGACACAAGAAUCAAGUUGCAUAAUUUAGCCAACUAUUUUUGUAUGCUGUUUAGAGAAGUGCAAUGAAUAUGUUAAGUACUUUUUCCCCCCUUUCCUCUCGCUCUCCCCCCAAUUGUUUGUGUACAUAUAAACUGCAAUUGUAUCUUGUAUCUUGUAACUCUAUACUGUAUCUGUAGCUUUCCUUGGUUCUUUGUCGCUGUGCGAGUAGUUGAUAUAUAUUUGAAAAGAAAGAGAUAGCAGAGAAAGAGUAGAGAGAGAGAAGCAAAUGUUAAGCAAUCAAAGAACUAAAACGUAAGUCAAUAUCUUAAAAAUAUAUGGUACUAAUAUGCAAUACUUAAUAGCUCUUAAAAACGAACAAAAACUAAACUAAACUUGUUUAAGCUGCGGUUAGAUGAGACAACAAAAAUAAUAAUUAAACACAUUUCACUGUAAAUAAUUAUGAGCAAAAAGUCAGAACAACAAAUUUCCACAAUUAUUUCAAGUUUAUAAAAAGAGUUUUAGAAUUUUUGAAAUAUUUUUCUUUUUAAAGUCUGAAUACCUCAAGAUAAUUAUUUCAAAUAUUUGCAGCUUGUCUAACCCAGCAAGAAAACCUUAGAAAAAAAAGUAAAACAUUCCAAAAGCUCUACAAACAGUUUAGUAGAGCAAAUUUACUGCCCUUAACUUAUGAGGUAUUUUUAAUUUUAUCAGUUCAAUUUCCAGUUAUUUUUCUUUUUGUAUAAAAUCUUCAGUCGAAACCUUUGCGUGCUAAGUUUUAACAAAUAAUUGCCUAAUUUAUAGUACUUAAUUAUAAUUUGUAGUGCGAUUUUAAUAAAAAUUAAACGAAAU